AUGUCGCAAUCGAAACCUCGCAUCCUUUUCUUCAACGCCGUCCGCCAUGCACUACAGGAGUAUGAGGCUUUGAAGCUGGUGGCCAAUCCCGAAGUGGUCACUAACCAGUUCUUCAACGACUUGCGCAGCAAGUAUCAGAACAUCGAGGCCAUUUUUAGAACGUCGUCCAGUGGAGCUGUUGCUGGAAAGUUUGACGAAGAGUUCGUGAACCAACUGCCUACGUCUUUGAAGUACAUCUGCCAUACUGGCGCCGGAUACGAUCAGAUUGACGUCGAUGCCUGCACGCGACGCAACAUCAUAGUCACUUAUGCGCCAGACCCAGUCACGUCAGCCACUGCCGAUCUGACCAUUUUCCUUCUCCUCGGAGCCAUCCGCCAGUUGAAUCCCUCUUUUACCAGUCUAAGGAGCGGCAACUUCAAAAAGGGUCUUGACUUUGGCCAUGAUCCUCAAGGCAAGACAUUGGGAAUUCUCGGCAUGGGCCGCAUUGGUCGUGCAGUCAAGCGCCGUGCCGAGCCUUUUGGGCUCAAGACAAUCUAUCACAACCGGAAGCCGCUGUCGGAUGAUCUCGCUGCAGGCUGUCAAUAUGUUUCCUUCGAUGAGCUUCUCAGCACUAGCGACAUUAUCUCUGUCCACGUCCCGCUGUCAGCCGGUACUACGCACUUGAUCGGAGCCGCAGAGAUCGCCAAGAUGAAGCCGGGUGUGGUCUUGAUCAAUACCGCCCGUGGUGCUGUCAUUGAUGAGGCAGCUAUGGCCGUCGCCCUGGAUGAGGGCCACAUCGCAGCGGUUGGGCUGGAUGUCUACGAAAAAGAGCCGCUGGUUGACGAGCGACUAGUCAAGAACGAAAGAGCAUUGCUCGUACCUCACUUGGGAACCCACACCGUUGAGACACUCGGUCAAAUGGAGUCACUGGCCAUGGAAAACGCACGCCGUGGCGUUUUGAAGGAGAGGUUAUUGACGGUCGUUCCUGAGCAGGCCGAGGCCUACGAGCAGUCCGCGUAG